AUGUAUACGGUGAGCAAUCUAGAGAACACUUGCGAGACCUGGAGGACUUCUACCUCACCACAGCUGCAAGACGCGAAGGAUGCCACCUCGAGUGCGUUGUCGGAUGUGGCACAACGCCAAGGUUUUGGGAACUGCUCCUCCUUUCUCCAGGAGCAUGGUGGCGUGUCAUAUGCGGAGCACCAACAUCCAGAGUUCGUUUCAGACUUGCAGAGUGGAACAAGCUGCUACGCCACGUGUACUCUCAAUCCGCACUGGGCACAAGUGCUGCUCUUAUUAGAGCAAGCCUGCACCAACUGGCAUGCACCAUCUGGUCGACUAACACAAUUGAGUCGGCCUGUGUGCGGAUUGUUGGGCCAGCAGCAGUACUUCAAUGGCAUAAUCGAAGAAGACUUUGUCACCAAGGUUUUUGGGAAUGGACUCGAAAUGCCGCCCUGGGCUGGCUCGGUUUUGAAGUGGGCUACAGAGCAUACACAUACGUGGAACUGCUACCCACAGAUCUGGAGCCAAUAUGUGGAGAAGCCGAUGGAGAGAACAAGAAGGGUGGCGGAGCUGAGGAUUCAACAGGAGAGGGAGGACCCGCAAAGCCCGGAAAGCCAGAUGAUGAUACUUGCCGCAACAAGGGAGGGGCUGAUCAAGGCAUUCACCGAGAAUUGCCGCAGCCUGUACCCAAUUCUGGAGGAUCUGGACCUGGUCUACCACAUGAUGCUGGCAAAGGACCGGGCAAAAAGUGAUCUGCUGCCUCAGAUUCUCCAAGAUCCUAUUGGCCCACAGGUGUUUUCAGUUUAUAGGAUCUUGGGUAAGGGCGCGGUCUCAUCCGACACAGUCACUUUAUGUGUUCCCAUUUGGCUGUUUUGA